UUCCCAGUGGAUGUGAACGCGGCAUCAAGUUAGAGAUGGCGUCCCUUUUGCAGCCUGACAGGGUUCUCUACCUAGUUCACGGAGAGAAAAAGAUCCGAUCGCCGUUGUCGACGCUUUAUUUUUGUCGGUAUUGCAGUGAAUUGCGUUCCCUAGAAUGUGUGUCUCACGAGGUGGACUCGCAUUACUGUCCGAGCUGCCUGGAGAAUAUGCCUUCAGCAGAGGCAAAGCUGAAGAAGAACAGGUGUGCCAACUGCUUCGACUGCCCGUGCUGCAUGCACACCCUGUCCACCCGGGCAACCAACAUCCCAGCCCCUCUUCCCGACGACCCCAGCAAGACGACCAUGAAGAAGGCCUACUACCUGGCCUGUGGCUUCUGUCGCUGGACAUCCAGAGAUGUGGGCAUGGCUGACAAGUCUGUGGCCAGUGGAGGAUGGCAGGAGCCGGACAACCCUCAUACUCAACGGAUCAAUAAACUGAUAGAGUAUUACCAGCAGCUGGCCCAGAGAGAGAAACUGGAGAGGGACAGGAAGAAACUGGCCAGGAGACGACCCUAUAUGCCUCUGGCCUUCUCGCAACACACUAUUCAUGUGGUGGAGAAGUAUGGUCUGGGUACCAGACUACAGAGACAGAGACCUGGAGCUCCUAUCACCAGUCUGGCUGGUCUUUCUCUGAAGGAAGGUGAAGACCAGAAGGAGAUUAACAUAGAACCAGCUCAGGCUUUAGAUGAAGUGGAGCCACUGCCUGAAGACUGCUACACCAGACCCAUCAACCUACCUGAGGUAACAUCCUUGCGUCAGCGGCUGCUCCAGCCUGACUUCCAGCCAGCCGGAGCCUCUCAGCUCCACCCCAAACACAAACACCUGUUGAUCAAGCGCUCUCUGCGAUGCAGGACAUGUGAGCACAAUCUGAGCAAGCCAGAAUUCAACCCAACCUCCAUAAAGUUCAAAAUCCAGCUGGUGGCUGUGAGUUACAUCCCCGAGGUCAGAAUAAUGUCCAUUCCAAACCUGCGCUUCCAGAAGGAGUGCCAGGUGCUGCUCACCCUGACCAACCCCGUGGAGAAUAUUACCCACGUCACCCUGGUGGGCUGUGAGGAAGGAGACCCAGAGGACAUCAACAGCACUGCUAAGGUGAUGGUUCCUACCAAGGAGUUGGUCCUGGCAGGGAAGGAUGCUGCAGCAGAUUACGACGAGUUGGCCGAGCCACAGGACUUCCAGGAUGACCCGGAUGUGGUGGCCUUCAGGAAAUCCAAUAAGAUCGGUUUCUUCAUCAAGGUGGUCCCUCAGCGCGAGGAGGACGGGGAUGUCACGGUGUCCUUUAAGAUCCGCCACGACUUCCGCAACUUGGCGGCUCCCAUAAGGCCGAGCGAGGAGGGCGACGCCCCCACCGAGGCCAUCUGGCUCACACACCACGUAGAGCUCAGCCUGGGGCCGAUCAUAGCGUGAAGAUCUUACACACACACACACACACACACACACACACACACACACACACACACACACCGAAUACAUAUCUUUUACACAAACACACACACACACAUUGUACAUGCAUUGGAUCACAUAUCUCUCUCUCUCUCACACACUUCUCUGUACCCCCAAGCAGUUCCAGAGACCCUUUCCUGCUUCACGCUUCAAUUUAAGCAUUAUCUUCAUCAUCCUCCUCUAAGGAUGAAGAGUAUUUACCUGCAUGCUAUGCCAGGCUACAUCUACCUACUAAUAAAUGUAUCUUAGAUGAUGUCAUUACUGUUUCUCUCUGGGUUGAAGGUAGGAUGAUCUCCUCUCUGGGUUGAAGGUAGGAUGAUCUCCUCUCUGGGUUGAAGGUAGGAUGAUCUCCUCUCUGGGUUGAAGGUAGGGUGAGACUGUCAUUACUGUUUCUCCUCUGGGUUGAAGGUAGGGUGAGACUGUCAUUCUUCUCUCUGGGUUGAAGGUAGGGUGAGACUGUCAUUACUGUUUCUCUCUGGGUUGAAGGUAGGGUGAUCUCUCUGGGUUGAAGGUUGGGUGAUCUCUCUGGGUUGAAGGUAGGGUGAUCUCCUCUCUGGGUUGAAGAUAGGGUGAGACUAAGGAGUUGGGAGUUAUGUUUGCUGUUGUCUUCAGUACUAAAGUCCAGUCAGUUGUUCUAUUAGCAGUAUUGAAGUAGUGAGACCUGUAAACGUGUCAGUUUGAGGCAGUCUGCAGCGGUAAAGAUAUUAGAUAUUACUUUAACACUAUCGGUCAAACAUACAUUUGAAUUACAUAUGUGAAGUUUAUAUUGAUUGGAGAGUUUCUACUGAAGAUGUGACCAACCGGGAGGGGCUGGUAGCAACCUUUCACUGGCGUUGUUUUCAUUUGUCUGGAAGGAAUCCCCCCCCCCCCUGGUUUGUUAGACAGAGCCUUAUAUCACGGUUAACCUGUACUGGCUAAUAAAAUGAAUGUUUUAAAAACA